GUGUGGGUGGGUUAGUGCCCCUCCUGGUCAGGUGACUGAGGUGUGUCUGUUCGCUAGAGCCUGUGGAGAUGCUUUGUUCUAUUCUACCUGUUGGUUAACUGAAAGAUGAUCUCCUGCUCAGCGGUCAACUGCGUCCUGUAUUUAACUGGGACUCUGCUCGGGGAAACAUGAUCAAAUAACAUGAGGCAUCUUUUAUAUCUUUAAGAAAAACAUCUCCUUUAUUUCUAUGGAAAAACGUGCUUUUUGGUGCUUAAGUUAUCGCUGAGCCGCUUUAUUUGACAACACAAAAAAAUCGAUUGAAUCGCCUGGUGUCACUUUACCAUGGAAACGCUUUUACCGCGAUCGCAAGAUGAUUUUUUUUCUAGCAGUUAACUGAGAGGAAAAAAAACUACGAAUAAUUUAUAUAGGCUACUUUUCUGGGAUUAUAGUGGGCCUUAACUUUAUAAACUAAUACGAACAAAUUAUAAGAAGAAGAACUAAGAAUCCGCUUUCUAUCGACUAAUUCGGAUUGUGUGUGGAAACGCCAUGGCUCUCUCUCAGGUUCAGUGUCUUGAUAACAAUCAUGUGAACUGGCGUCUAAAUGAAUCCAAACCGGAGUUUUUUUACAGCGAGAAUCAGCGGCUCGCGCUUGAAGCGCUUAUUACGAAAGGACGCGACGCGUUUGACGCCUAUAUGAAAGAGCACGAGCUGCGUCCUUUCCUGUCGGAACCCGAACUCGAGCGGUUGCGUCGGAGCAUAGAAGAGUAUAAACCCGGUUCUGAGCAUCAAAAACCAGACGGUACAACGGAGGGAGAGGACGGUGCGGUGUCUUUGCAGUACUGGCCGGACCGCUCUGAUAUCUCCAUACCGAAUCUAGACCUCGGAUGGCCAGACUGCAAUUCUUACCGAGGAGUGACGCGCGUCAAUGUCUACACGCAACCGCCAGUGGACGGACAGACGCAUAUAAAAGAGGUUGUGAGAAAGGCCAUAGCGCAAGCACAGAAGAUGAUUGCUGUGGUAAUGGACGUUUUCACAGACGUUGACAUUUUUAAGGAUCUAAUAGAGGCUGGAUUUAAAAAGAAAGUAGCUAUAUACAUUAUUAUAGAUUAUGCAGCUUUACAGCACUUCCUACUUAUGUGUGAGAGAGCCAACAUGCACAAAGGACACCUCAAUCAUCUGCGGGUGAGAUGCAUCGGUGGUUCCGAAUUCUACACACACUCUGCUCAGAAGGUGCAUGGCUCGUUGAGUCAGAAAUUCAUGUUUGUGGAUGGAGACCGUGCAGUGUCUGGAUCAUACAGUUUUACAUGGACCGCUUCUCGUUUGGACCGCAAUAUCAUUACAGUCCUGACAGGACAGGCCGUUGAAACUUUUGACAAGCAGUUCCGUGAACUAUACCUGAACUCUCGUGGGGUCAACCUAACUAAGAUCCCAUUGGCAGACCCUCCGGAGCCUGACCCUGUCCCAAUUGCCGUUCCUUCCCCUGUUCCUGUAACUGUUGCAAGAAAAUUAAUGAACCCCAAAUAUGCAUUGGUUAAUGUAGAUGCAGCAAGCAAAGCCUCUUCAGACAAGGCUAGUGCCAAGAACAGUAACUCCAAGAAUCCUAUGGUCCAGAUUCCCAAGCCUCAACGGGAAACGAGGGAAGGACCGCAAAAGCACCCAGGACUUGUAGGUCUGCUAAAGGCAGAUCUCAUUCCCUACUUGCCCACUUGGCCAGAGCCAGACCCACCCAGUGAUGUUAUUGGAUUUAUUAAUAUCCGUGAUACAAGCAAGCCAGCGCAGGUGCAUUUAAUGCGCUCUCAAAUGUUUGAAACAUCUCAAGCAAUCCGUUUUAAAGACCCUUUCACUGCCCCACCUGAGGAACCGUUACCAGAUAAGGCAAGUCCUCGUCCUAAAACAAAAGAAUUGUCUAAAACAGCUGCUGUAGAUGCAAAUGUUCAAUCAAUCACCCAACCUCAGGCAGAGACUAACUCUAGUAAUGCCCAUCAAGAUAUACCGGCCAAUACAUCCCAUUCACCAAGCCCUCCAAUCCAGCAACAAGACCCCAAACCCAGCCCUCCUCCACAAGAGCAGGAGUCCAACCCUGAACCAGCAGAGGUGCAGCAGGCUUCAGAAAUGCCUGUGCCCAAGCCACGCACCCUUCAGUUGGUGGUUAAUAGACCGGAAGGCUCUGAAGACCCAGAGGUCACUUUAGUCAGAAGGGAGGAAAACCAGACAAAAGAUGCAAACAUGGACACUCGAGACAACGAUGCUGACAGCACCGCUGUGACCUGUGCACAUUCAUUAAAGGAUAAAGAUGAGAAUUCCACAACGUCAGAUGAAUACUAUGAAUGUACUGACUCCGACAGCAGUGAUAAACUCCCUAAUGGAAGGUUAACGGGUUCUGGUCGUGUUGGAGACCAUAGCCCUGAUGCGCUUAACAUGAUGGCCCGCUUCUCUCAAUCCAUGCUGGAUUUGCGAUCGGAUGACUUCAAACAAAACACUGCUGAGAAAAAUCUACUGAACAAGCAGAACAGAGACAAAACAAAGCUUUACCAGAUGGUCUCCAGGUCACCUGUUCGAGAUGCUUAUGGCCGGGCCAAAGUGGUGAUUGGUAAACAUGGAGUAUUCUAUAGACUCCCUAAAAGCAGCGGCCAUGUGAUCGGGGGCCACAGGUACUGGCAGGGGAAAAUGAAUGCUGACUUCCCCUCAAAUGGAUCAGGCCAGCAAAAUCUAAAACGCUCUGGCCGGUCCCCUAGAAGACAAAGCUCCACCUAUACGAUAGUAGGACUGCGAAUCAGUCAAACUCCCACUCAGCGGCUCAUGCACUCUCAAUCUCUCUCUCCCGCUCAUCGGGCCUCUCAAACAAAGUCUCCAUCCCCUCAUAGACGGGUCGAGACUCGUACACCAUUAGGGAUCUCUUUAUCUAAACUCACCAGCGUCAAACACCUCAGGGGGAAGGUUCCAGUGAGCACGUCUGGUUUUGCUUUGGGGGAUAAAUUGUUGACACAGAGGCACAAUGAAAAUUAACUGAUUUAUGGUGGCUUUCUUCUCAGAAAACAAA